AUGGAGCUGCACACCAAGUUCACUGAACCGGCAAGGAAAAGAAAAGUUGCUAAGAUAGUAGAGGACAUCCUUGUUGAGGAAGGUCACCCACGUGAAAAGGUUAGAGAUGCAAGAGCUGCAAGGGAUGCAGUUGAAAAGGCGAAGAAACAAAAGACUGCACCUGCUCCAAUCAAAGUGAAGGUGACAGGGUCUUCUCCCGCUCCAGUGAAGACACCUCCUACUGAAUCAGAACCCUCUAGUUCAUCUACAAAAGGGAAAGGUGUUCUGAGGAAGAAUCAGAAACCCCAAAGGGAGUAUGUGGCAGUUUCUCUGGUGGCAUCUAAAACUGAGUCAGAUGCAGACAUUCCAAAUGCAUCGAAGAAAGGAGAGUUUGCUAGGGUUAUCCGGAAACCUCAAUGCAGUGCUGAGAAGAAAGAGCAGAAGGAGAAGAAAGCAAAGUCCGAUCUUGUAUCAACAAGUAAGCCUAAGCGAGGAAAGAAGAUAAAAUAUGACUUGGAUGAGGCAAUAGAAUCUGGUAAGAUGAAGACCACCCAAACAGAGUAUCAUAUUAUUCCUCCUUUGUCUACUCAAGAGUUAAUAGAUGAAAUUAUUAAAGAUGGAAAUUUGAAGAACAUUUUUGUAUAUUAUAAAAAUAUGGAUGAUAAGAGAAAAUCUGCUAGUCAAAUGCAUAGAGAAAUAAAGGAGAGUCAACUGGUUAAUCAGUGCACCAGUAUCACUAUUGAGGAAAUUGAUAGAUUAAUUUUGUUAGCAAAUAAAAAAGAAUUCGGGAGCACGCACGGAGUCAACAGCCUGAUGGUUGGAAGAGUCGAAGAAAUAAGGAGAGAAACCAGUGCAAUCUGGAAUAAGUUUCUCACUAAGAACCGGCUAGUAGAAACUGUUUCACGAGAUGAAGCCACUCAGUCAAAGAAUUCUUUGGUAAAUGAUGUAAAUAAGGAGGAGGACACUCAGGAUGUUGCAGAGCAACAAAUUUUGGAUUCUGUAGAGGUUAAGCCUGUUAAGGAGAAUGAUAAAUCAGUCGAAGAAGAGGAUGGUGCACCAAGUGGUGACACCGGUGCACAGGAGGCACCCAAAGAAGACAAAACUAGACAGGUUGAGGCUGAGAAAAAGGAAGAAGAAAAAUAG